AUGUGUGAGGCACUCCUUCUUGAGGCGAAGUGGUACAACGGAGGGAUCGUCCCGAGCGUAGAAGAGUAUCUGAGAAACGGUAUCACCUCGGCGGGGACUUACGUGGUUUUCUUGCAGUCCUUCCUCCUCCUUGGGUGCCCCGUCUCGGAGGAGAGCUUACGUCUAGUCUGCAGUCGCGACGGCCUGUUCUCUCACAGCGGCAGGAUCCUCCGGCUCUGGAACGACCUAGGAACAGCCAAGGUAUAUUUCCCGCCAAUUCCGCCUCAAUAAAGAGAAGUCCUAUGUAAGAUUAUUAUCAAAUAUAACCGAGCAGUCUCAACUGGUUCGAGGUUUGAUUAUUCGGCUAUCAGAACCUUGACUCUCCACGUCGACGUGCUGCAGGCGGAACAACAAAGAGGCGACGUGGCUUCAAGCAUAGAGUGCUACAUGCAAGAAAGAGGUCUCGCGGACGACGAGGAUGCCCGCAGGCACAUCAGAGGGCUGAUAAGCACCGCCUGGAAGGAUCUCAACGGGGAUGCGUUGGCUGCGUCGCCCUUGCCCUUCACCGUCGUUAACGGCUGUUUCAACCUCGCGCGAUUGUCUCAGUGCUUUUACCGAUACGGCGACGACCCCAAGGCCCCAAGCGUGGAGGACAUAGUAAAGGCAUUGUUCUUGAAGCCCGUCAAGUAG